AUGGCUGACAAAAAUGUGCAUGAAAAACUUUUGGUGAGUGUCAGUGGCUAUAUUGGAUUUCAAACGCUCACACUGGCUCUUGAAAGAGGCUAUCAUGUCCGUGCUAUUGUUCGCAAAUCUCUCGAUAUCGAGAACCUGAAAAGAAGCCCCCUCAUCGCUAGCAGCAUUCAACAAGAGCGACUUGAAAUUAUCACUGUUCCUGAUUUUUUCAAAGAGGAUGCGUUUUUUGAAUGCUUGAGUGGUAUACAUGUCAUCAUCCAUCUUGCGUCGCCGCUGGCUCUUGAUACCGACGAUUAUGAUGCAGAUAUCGUCAAGCCGGCAGUGUCUAUGGUCACCACUGUUUUGGAAGCAGCUUCUCGGACAUCAUCAGUUCGGCGCGUUAUUCUAACUUCUUCCUGUGUGACACUAAUCCCAUUUGAAUGGAACAUGGCUCCAGACAGCGAGAGACUGUACAACGUCAAUGACGUGAAUACUAGCGUCGAAGGCCCAUUCCUGGGGGCCAUGCAGGCAUACUGGGCCUCGAAGGCCCUCGCUCGAAAUGCAACCAAAACUUUUGUCCAAGACAAAAAACCUCAGUUUGACUUGGUUGGACUUCUGCCAUCAGUUGUGAUCGGCCCAGAUCACCGACUUGAUUUUGACUCAUCUGCAACUGAAGAUAGCCUUCUUCAGGGUGCACGCGCAUCUGUGCUUGCAUGUGCCCUUACCUCUGCACACAACUCCUCAUUCCCAUACGUCGGAACACCAGUGCAUGUUGCUGACGUUGCUCGAGCGCAUGUCGACGCUAUUGACGCAGAGCGUGUUCCUGGAAACUCUGAAUUUAUUCUCUCCUCUGACACACCUGAUGGAGUUGUCUGGAAUAGAGAUGUUCAGGACAUCUGUAAAAAGAAUUUCCUGGGAGAGGUUUCGAGCGGGCUAUUGCCAUUGAAGGGAUCCCUGACGACUGUGACCUGGAGGCUGGAUGUCAAGGAAACGGAGGAAGCCCUCGGGUGGCAGUUCACGUCAUUUGAGCAGACGAUGAGGGAUUUGAUUUCUCAAUAUCUUCGGCUCCGCAGAAGGUCAGAGAUGCUCCCGGCUUUAUGA